AUGGCCGAGUUUGUCGAGAUGAUUCUCGCCCAACUAAUUGGCAACAUUUCAACAGCAUUAAUCCUUGUUCUCAUUUACUUUAAUUUUUUAUUAUUUGAAAAUUAUUUGCGUCUAAUUGUAUGGGCAAUUAUGUGCAGUCAAGCUCUACGACAAGCAAAAAAUAAUGUUAUCUCAGUACUUCAGUACCUCAGUGAUGACGCCGACAUCAAUCGUUAUGGAUUUUUAACAUGUGUAUUUUGCAAGUCGGCUGAGAUUAUCAUUAGCCAUCCACAUAAUGGAUCACGUCGUACUGCCAAUGAGAUGUUUUUAAACUACGGCAUUUUUCUAUUCUCACUCAUUGGUGCGAUUUCUAUCUGGAUGCGAAUGUAUUCGUGGGUGUCCUUUUUGAACAUUAUCAUUGGCUUUUGGAUCGUGGCACUGAGUCUCAUUAAGAUUUUGGAUCGACGUAUAUUUUACUACCGAUACUUUUUCUCGGACGAGGUGCUCGUGUCAGCAUUACUUAUCCUUGGUUUUUUCAUCACGGGGGCAUUUGUCAUUUUAUUUCUCGGCACUGAGAGUUAUCUGGAAGGAAGUCGUGCAGCUACUGAUUUGUCGGAAUGGGUGCAGGACAAUUUUAUCAAUGAUGAACGCACACGACAGGUGUGGAGUGAACAGGUUCAGAAUAGCCGCGCAAUGAUCUCGCAAGCUAUUAGUGGCGUCGAGAACAACUACAACGACACAAUGUGGUGGCCACCUCUUAAAAGCUUGGUAAAGACGUACUACGUGGAUGCAAAGUCCAGUGACGGGAAUUCUACUUCCCAAGUAUCGCUCUUCUCCAGACUAAGUCUUCCCGACAAUAUGACGUUUGUACAAGCAGUGUCAUUUGCUUACUCAAAUUUGGACUCUGUGAAUUUGACGUCGGUACAGCUCACCGACUGGACGUCGAAAGGAUUAGAGGUUAGCAGCAUUGCCGUGGGGUCGGUGGCACAAUUGGUGUUUCUCGUGUUCACACUGGUGAUUGCGUUUGUAAGUCUCGGCAUCCGAUCCUUUUUCUUCGUUUCGUCGCUAUUUUAUCUGCUGUGUACGAAUUGGGAUCCUAUCGAAAGGUUUGUUCAAGAUUUACUCCCGAUACAAGUCAACAAACGGCCGGAAGUUGUUCGAUCUCUGCGGAAAGUGAUUGAGGGCGUUUUCUUUCUGCCGCUGAAGAUGGCGAGUAUCCACGCAAUUGUGACGAUGGUUUCUUUCACGAUAGUCGAUGCUGACUUCAUGUACCUCGCCACGACAGUCACCUUUUUUAUUUCGAUCGUGCCAAUCAUUCCCCCGUAUUUAGUCUGUGUGCCGUGGGUCAUCUCGAUCGGGCUCACGACUUCAAUCGUGAGAGCGCUUGCUCUCUUUGCGGUGCAGUAUGUGGCUUUUACUGUAUUGGAUGAAAUGCUGUAUGAAAAGAGCAUCGUGGCACUCAAUUCUUACGUCUCCGCAUUGAGUGUGGUGUUCGGCGUAUAUGUGUUUGGCUUUGAGGGCGUCAUCUUUGGACCAUUAAUCGUGUGCGGAGUGACGUUUGCAUACGACGUGUCAAACCACGGCAUUCAAGCUGCACAAGAUGAAUUCGGCAAAUCUGACGAAGUAAAACAAGAUUCUUUGUUGGAUGGCAGCGAUGAGGAGGAAUCGCGCAGCACAACAUCCUCUUUCGACUCGAAAACCAACAUUUUUUCGAAUGCAGUUUAUCGUGUCAUUUCAGGACCGCUGGUGGAUCGUGUUCGCCGCCGUCUUUCAAUUGAUCUAGCCACCGAAGGGUCUGUGUGCGUGACUUUAGUUGUCGAGGGCAUGAAAAUGAUCCGAAAAGUCCGCUUCGUAGUGAACAAGUCGUGGACUCAGAAAGCACUCUACGAUAACAUCCGUCGAAUGCUCCACGUUCACAGUGUCGAAUGUAUCAGCACCGCAGAUAACGUUGAGGUGUUGUCUCCACUUCACAUUUUGGCGGGCGAAGUAUUGCACGUGAAAGUGCGACCAAAACAUCGGGUGCACAUGUACGUGGACUCAUCCUCGGAAUCGCAUGGGCGAACGUCGUUGCCAGUUCGCACACUAUCUCCAUCACACCACGAAAUUCGGAGCAAUGUUCCUUCGCUUACGCAGUCAGGAGGCUCCCGUGAUGGACCUACGAUGAAAAGCUCUGGGACAGCUCCUCCUCGGGCAAAGCUUAAACGAGCCGGAUCAUUGAACUCGACAGUCGGAAUCACACAUGGCGCUACAGCAAUACAACGUCAAGUUCAUGAACGCCUACAGCGCAAGAAUGAAGGCGUGGCUAUGCAGAUUGGAGGUGGCAUGAAGAAGAGGAAAGAAAGCUAUAACGAAGUGAUGGUGCCAAGUGAUGACCCUGCUCCAUCUUCAUCGGCUCGGAAAAGAUCCACGAGUAGUUUACCUUCCCGUGAAAACCUCGUUCACCACUCGAUUGUAACUCUCUCGUCCCCGGUAUGGCUACCUUCGUCGACGUCGUCGUUGGUCCAAGAUUGCGAGUUGGUAUUGUCUGAUGAGAGCUUUCUUACAGAUAAAGGGAUAGCGUCUUCAACCGAUAAUAAGGAUGGUGCAAGAAACGUGGAUGCUCUUGCUGGCUACACAAUGGAUCUACCGUCUCCAGUAUCUGCGAAGCCCAGAAAGCCACAACGAAACGUUGUCAACUUGAUUGACUCUGGAAACUUUACGACAUCCCCCGUCUCGUGCAUUGCCACUGAUUCCUUUAAUGGUCCGGACGAUGACACUGCCGAAGACAAUGCAGCAAUUGAUACAAUACCAGACAAGACACUUGCGACACCCAAUCGUAAAAAAUUCCCUUGA